AAUUAGACGAGAGAAUGAGAUGAUUAUGAACAAUUUUUGAUUGUAAAUUGAUUUCAUUGUUAUAAAAAUAUACAAAGAAUCGUAGUUAAAAUGUCUGCAGAAAAUUCACCAGUAGAGCCUUCAAGAUCGCCUAGUGUAAUAGAAACGUUAGAUGACUACGAGUCACAGGACACGUUGAUAAAACACGUUGAUAUAUCAAUAGUGGAGUCUGAGAAGCGAGCCAAUGGAACUUUACACGUGAGGGACCAUUACACUGUGUAUCUAAUAGAUUUGAAAGUAACAGAUCCCGACUACAAACUAGUACAAUCUAAGAUCAGUACCAUCUGGCGGAGGUACACGGAGUUUGAACAGAUACAUGACUACCUGCUAGUGACAUAUCCCCACUGUGUGGUGCCUCCACUGCCUGAGAAAAGGGUUUUAUAUGCCUGGCGAAAAUCUGACACCACAGACCCAGAGUUUGUAGAGCGGCGGCGGGCCGGGUUAGAAAACUUCCUGCUUCGUGUGGCUUCACAUCCUCGACUCAGCUUUGAUGAUCAGUUUAUCAGCUUUCUGCAGCAGGAGCACUGGCGGGAAACAAUCACUGAUAGUGGAUACCUACUACAAGCGGAGAAUAAGCUGAAAUCACUGUCAGUGUCAAUCAGACUAAAGAAACCGGACCCGGAAAUAGAAAGUGUCAAAAACUAUGGGAAGCAACUGGAAACUAACUUAGGAAAUUUCCUUUAUACUAGGUCUAAAAUAAUCGAGAAGAACUAUGCAGUGUGUAAGCUGCACGCGGCGUACGGCAAGCUGUUCAGCGAAUGGAGUGUCGUCGAGAAAGACAUGGGCGAUGGCUUGCAGAAAGCUGGACACUAUUUCGAUUCAAUAGCAGAAGGUAUCGACGCGGUGGCCGAGGAUGAGGAACAACUAGCGGACCAGCUAAAAGAGUACCUGUUUUAUGCGUGCGCCCUCCAACAACUCGCACAUAACCACGAAGCUUUACAGCGAGCGACGGAACUUGCUCACGACACGCUUGCUAAUCGGAUAGCAGAACGCAACCGCGCGGCAGCGGGCAAGUCAGGACUCAUGUCUCGUCUGUUCGGUGGCACUGACCCGGACAUUGUACGCGACCACGCCACGAGAGCACUCGAUGCAAAGAUACAGCAGGACAAGGAGAAUAUUGAGAAAGCCAAGCGAGACCUGGAAGAGUUUUCAAAAAAAGCUGCUAUAGAAAUAGAACAUUUCCAAAAGCAAAAAGACAAAGACCUCCACGAGUCACUGGUCGGCUUCAUAUCAUUACAAGUUAAAGCCGCGAAAAAGAAUCUCCAAGCGUGGACCCAAAUAAAGGAAUGCCUCCAGAACAUGCCCUGAACGUGACACACCAACUGUACAGGUUACCCCAAAGCGUAGUUCAUUUGAGUUAAGGUGAGGCGGUACCAAAGAUUCGGAAUGAAUGGUCACAUUGGUAAAGUCAUUAUUUUAAGGUGCUUACCAAAUAUUUGAAGCAGUUCUGUUAGAUCCUAAUGAUAAAGUACCCGAUGGUGGAUUUUUCAAUGAAUACGUAUUUCAGUUAGAUUCUUUUUUGAUUUAAUAAAAUAAAUCUAAAACUGUGUUGUUUCUAAGUUAAAAGGCCCUCUUCGUCGCUUGUCAUAAAGGGGCUUUAACAGAUAUAUCAAGAUACAAGCAAAUCUCGUCUUUAUGGUAAGAGACAAAAAAUAGACCUUUAACUAUAAUUCAACACAAUUACUAACACAUCAUGAAUAUUAUAUUAUAUUAAACAGUCAAGAAUAAAAAUAUCAAUCUAAGCAAUUUAUCAGACAGACACCUAUUCACAACCUUAAUAAUAUGGCAAUAAAGUCCUGUCUUGUUAUAAUAUUUUUUACCCACAACUCAUACUGAAUUUUGAUUUUAAGCAUGUUAUAAAAUAUUUACAUACAUACAUAUUUUUUUUAAUUUACCUGGAUUAAUUUUAAUGAAAUGACACACAUUGUUUUUAGACACUUGUAAAAACAUAAUUGUAUCAUUCUCAGUAUGAUAUAGUCUUAUUACUUAUCCAAAAAGCCAGUGUAAAUAUAUUUAUAUAUAAAU